AUGUCCACUCUUAAGACUCUGAUUUUUAUCACAACACUGAUACUAACACUGUCACCAGUAGCUUUGUCAAGGCUAGAAGCUAUAGAAUCUGUACUUAAACGAUUGGAUUCUAAACGGGCUUCUUCAUCAGUUCAAGAAUCAGCAGCUAAAGCUGUUUUGAAAAGAUUGCUUCCUGCUUAUGUACACAGCUUUGAGUUCAAGAUUGUAUCCAAGGAUGUUUGUGGGGGAAACAGUUGCUUUUUGAUAAACAAUUACAAGAAUUCGAGUCAGAAUGGACCUGAGAUAAUCAUUAAAGGCACCACAGCAGUAGAGAUUGCAUCCGGCCUCCACUGGUAUAUAAAGUACUGGGGUGGUGGUCAUGUUUCAUGGGACAAGACUGGUGGUGUUCAGAUAGCCUCGAUUCCAAAGCCAGGAUCACUGCCUCUUGUAAAGGAUAAGGGUGUGAUGAUUCAACGACCAGUCCCAUGGAACUACUACCAAAAUGUCGUUACUUCCUCUUAUUCUUAUGUUUGGUGGAAUUGGGAAAGGUGGGAGAAAGAAUUAGACUGGAUGGCUCUUCAAGGGAUUAAUCUGCCUUUGGCAUUCACUGGACAAGAAGCCAUUUGGCAAAAAGUUUUCAUGCUCAUAGUCAUAGGAGAUGACCAUGUCAAGAUUUUGUGUAUGAAAGGCUUAACUCCUGUGUGUGCCUUCAAAGGCAGUGAAGAAUUGGCACUAAAGAAGGUACCCAGUAAUGGCCCUUUAUUUCUUGGGUUCAUGAUAUGGGACCUUGUCACACGGCUACUUUUAUACAAACUCGAAUCCAAUUCCAUCUUCAUUAAAGAUGUUACUUUUAUGCUUUCUUCAUUUAAUUUUAAUAUCACUACAGAAGAUUUGAAUGAUUUUUUUGGUGGACCCGCUUACCUUGCUUGGGCUCAGUAUGUUAGUCUUGCUAUCCCGAGGUGGGGUGGGCCUUUGUCACAAAAUUGGUUAGGUCAACAAUUGUGUCUGCAGAAACAGAUACUGUCUCGGAUGCUAGAGCUAGGCAUGACUCCAGUGCUGCCAUCAUUCUCUGGAAACGUUCCAGCAGCUUUGAAGAAGAUUUUUCGUUCAGCAAAUAUAACAAGACUUGGAGACUGGAACACAGUGGAUAAAAAUCCUCGGUGGUGCUGCACUUACCUUCUUAAUCCUUCUGAUCCCUUGUUUGUUGAAAUUGGGGAGGCUUUUAUAAGGCAACAGGUUAAGGAAUAUGGGGACGUGACAGACAUCUACAACUGUGAUACUUUCAACGAGAAUUCCCCACCUACAAGUGAUCCAGCUUAUAUCUCUUCACUUGGUGCUGCUGUAUAUAAAGCAAUGUUGAAAGGUGAUAAAGAUGCUGUGUGGUUAAUGCAAGGUUGGCUCUUCUACUCAGACUCUGCUUUCUGGAAGCCACCUCAAAUGCAGGCUCUUUUACAGUCUGUUCCAUUUGGAAAAAUGAUAGUUUUAGAUCUGUUUGCCGAAGCCAAACCGAUAUGGAGAAAUUCCUCACAGUUUUAUGGCACUCCUUAUGUUUGGUGUCUGUUGCAUAAUUUUGGGGGAAAUAUUGAAAUGUAUGGCAUAUUGGAUGCAAUAUCUUCAGGUCCAGUUGACGCCCGCAUCAGCGAAAAUUCAACCAUGGUUGGUGUUGGCAUGUGCAUGGAAGGAAUAGAGCAAAAUCCGGUUGUUUAUGAACUGAUGUCUGAAAUGGCAUUCCGCAGUGGAAAAGUUCAAGUUCUGGAAUGGUUGAAGACCUAUUCCCGUAGACGAUAUGGUAAAGCAGUUCGUCAAGUUGUGGCAGCUUGGGAAAUUCUUUACCACACGAUUUACAAUUGUACAGAUGGAAUUGCUAACCAUAACACAGACUUCAUUGUGAAAUUUCCUGAUUGGGAUCCAUCGCCGAAUUCUGGAUCUGACGUAUCUCAACAAGACAAUAUGCACGUUCUCCUCACGUUACCUGGAACAAGAAGAUUCUUAUUCCAAGAUAAAAGUUCUGAUUUCCCUGAGGCACAUUUAUGGUAUUCCACACAGGAGGUGGUCAAAGCUUUAGCGCUAUUCCUUGAUGCUGGAAAUGAUCUUACUGGAAGCCUCACAUACAGGAAAAAUGUUCUACAGUUCUUGUGUGGUGCUGAGGUGUCAGCUUAUGAUCCUAUGCUUGCCCAUAAAUAUGGUCUGUUCUGUUGGAUAAGUGAUGCUUUGUCAUGGAGUGUAGAAAUUCUGUUGGAAUGUUUGUAUGACAUGGUUGACUUAACGAGGCAAGUACUGUCAAAGUUAGCAAACCAAGUAUAUAAGGAUGCUAUGAUUGCUUUUCAAAGGAAAGAUGCUAGAGCUUUGAAUCUUCAUGGCCAGACAUUUUUGCAGCUCAUAAAGGAUAUCGAUGUGCUUCUUGCUUCUGAUGAUAACUUUCUACUGGGAACAUGGCUUGAAAGUGCAAAAAAGCUGGCACUUAAUCUAAAUGAUAUGAAGCAGUAUGAAUGGAAUGCAAGAACGCAAGUGACAAUGUGCCUGGAAGAAAAUAAAAGCUUCAAGUUGACGGAGUGGAGAAAAGAAUGGAUAGCCUUCUCAAACAAAUGGCAAGCGGAUACGAAGAUUUAUCCCGUGAAGGCCAAGGGAGAUGCCCUUGCUAUUGCCAAAGCAUUGUACCAAAAAUACUUUGGUUGA